AUGUAUUGGUUGUCUCUGCUUAAACGAAUAAACAAAAACAUUCAAGCUGCACCAACGGGAAGGUUCAUUAUCAUAGCAGCUCAAAAAAAAAGAAAAUCGAGCGUCGGUUCCUUUGAAGGUGAGAGACAAAACGGCCACCAGACCAUAAAAUGUGAUGUCCCUUAUCGAACAUUUGCUCAAUUUUCGCCAAGAAAGAAAGCCAGCUUAACGAGGCCAGCCAUCGAAAUUGUAAAAAAUGCUGCCGUUAAUAUCGUUCUGAGAGACCAAGUUCCCACAGAACUCAAGCAAAUUUCAAGUUACAGAGAAAGUUCACCCGACAGCACAACUCAAAGGACGAUACCAGCAAUCCUUGUCAUCGUUUUUGGCAAGAAACACACUGGGAUACCAACUACAUUCUCGUUGGAAUUUUUGAAGGAAUGUAAAAAAAGUUUGACCGUUUUCGCCCGUGUCAACUAG